AUGAGUGGCCCUUUGCCACGCCACCUUUUUGGGCGCGGAGCACUGCUGUGGAUCCUGGCCAAAUGGCCACUCUGCCAUUGCAGUCGUGCCUUUCUGUGCGAGCAAGUCGAUAGAGUCAGGAAUUCAACUCUGCCCCAAGAGUAUGCUUUAGAGGGCGUCCACAUCAAGAUCGGGACAGGCAUGUGGGACGACAGAUUUCUGGCGUGGGAUGCAACAAAAGGCACUUACGUGGGCUUGGAGGUAGAACUGCUUGAGGAGCUUGCUGAUCGCGCCCGCUUUACCUACUCGCUUGAAAUGCACAACUGGACGUCGGACGACUGGCUGACGCAGCUUGAAGGUGCGGUCCGACUGUAUGAUGUCGUCACCUACGCCUAUUGGUUUAUCACACCUGAGCGCAUGAGCAAGGGUGCCUACAGCCCUUACGGGUUCUUGAAUGCCAUGUACUGGGCAGUCGUCAUGGAGGAAGUCAAGACGGGGAUAGAUGUGGAAGAGAUCUUCUCAUUCCUCGCACCAUUCAGUGGCCCCGUCUGGUUCAGCUUCCUGGGCCUUAUGAUCGGCACAGGGCUGAUGUAUCGCUUCCUGGAGGUGGCCCACAAUGCAGAGGACUUCCCGGAUGGACCCCAGGGCUCGUGUAAGUGCAAGCGCACAACCUGGACACAGUACAUGGAUUCCAUCUUCCAGUCUUCGGGCCACAUCACGGGAGCAUCCGGCUUUUCUCCAAAGACGUGGGCAGGAAAGAUCCUGGUCAUGUCGUGGACAUGGUGUGUGGUAUUGAUUUUGGCAGCAUACACCGCCAAUCUGGCGUCCUUUCUUGUUGUUCAGGCCAAGGCGCAGCCAUCUUUCACUUCUCUGGAUGGUGCUGUCCGCAGGAACAAGAAGAUCUGCGUUUCCAAGGGCUCUGCUGAUGAGGACUGGUUCCAGGCCAGGUAUGCCCGCUACGACAACUUAAUGGCCGUCCAAUCUGGCCCCGCUGAGCGUGCCGCACUUUUGCGCGACGGCACGUGUGACGUCGCCACCUUUGCAAAGUUUGAGUACGAUUUCCUGAGGCAGACGGCAAGUGUGAAUCCCAGCUGCUACAUGCAGACUAUAGGGGACCCUUUUCAGAACAUGGAUGCUGGGUGGAUGGUCCUUAAUGACGUUCAGGAUUCUUGCACCUCAUUGGUGCGCGAUGUUCUGGGCUUCUGGUUCCUACGGAUGGAGUUAGAUGGAACGCUCGAAGCUCUCGUUCGCAGGGCAUUGAUGCCGGUGGAGAACUGUCCCGUUGAGUCGACCUCGGGUGACAGUGAAGCCUCAGCCGGUCAGCUUACGAUUGAGAGCAUGCUCGGGAUAUUCACUGUGCACGCAGUCGGUGUUGGCACUGCUCUGCUUUUUCACUUGUUCUCGGGUGCCCCGAAAGCAUUGACCAAGGGUCUUACAAGAACAUUCACCAGCUCUCGUGUUUCACCACAAGAUCACAUGGUUCACAAGAAGGAUCAAGCCGGUGGCGAGGCGUGGGGGGAAGGCGAACUUCAGUAG